AUGAAGCGGGUUGUCAAACUCAUAGCCCUCGGGGAGGCACUAGACUUUCUCACUCUCCAGGUUGAUGAAGAUAUGGUGGCUGGCUUCGAGGCUGUGCAUGUAGGAUCUGGAACACAAGGAGCUUCCAAGUGUCACGUAAGUCCCCACGAGUUCAUACAAGCAGUAGCAGUGUCUAGCAAGAACCGGUUUGGCAUUGGGAAGCCCUCGGAUCCUGUGCAGUUUUGCUUCUGGCUCCUGGACGCCCUCCACAGAGAUCUCGGCGGCACCGAGAUCCCCAACAGCAGCAUCGUCUUCCAGUGCUUCCAAGGCGAGCUCGAAGAGACCACCGUGAUCCCGGCCAGAGCUCACAAGCCGGAGGUUCGUCACAUACCAUUUCUACGCCUCAGACUCGACUUGCCACCGCCACCGCUGUUCAAGGAUCCAAUACAGGGGAAAAUCAUCCCGCGAGUCCCACUCGCGACGCUCUUGAGAAAGUUUGAUGGAGAGACCGUGACUGAUUGUCUGAGGCCACAGCCAGCACAGAAGCGCUACCGGGUGACAAGGCUACCAAGGUACCUCUUGCUCCAUAUGGGACGUUUCGCCACCAAGAAGUUCGAAUAUUGCAAGAGGAUCUUCGCCGAGAAGAACCCCACCCUCGUCAACUUUCCAGUGAAGAACUUGGAGCUGAGAGACCACAUCCCACUGCCUGAUCGUCACAGUGGAUCGAAGUAUGACCUGGUUGCCACCGUUGUCCACGAUGGCACAGCCAUGUCCGGUUCGUAUCGAGCUCUUGUCCACAGCAAAUGCGAGGGUGCGUGGUACCAGAUCCAAGACCUGUGUGUGGAAAGUAUACUGCCGCAACUAGUUGCGUUGUCCGAGCCUUACAUGCAGAUCUACGAGCAGCAACCAGUCCCAAGUUAGGUGAUGUUGUAAACUGUCUCAAACCU